GGACGCGGCCCAUCCCAGAACCAGUCGAAGCCACAUCGCUGACCUACAAAGUGAUAGCGUUAAUAUUUUGAUAAUAGAGAGGUGUGAGCUCGGUGCACUGUAUGGUUAAUCUGUAGAAGUGCACAAAGUAAACAACCUAGUGUUCACCUUUGCUCUUGAAAUCUUUAUUUAGUAUUAUUAAGUUAUCCAGGGAGGGCAGAUGGCGGCGAUGAGAAGUGUGAAGCUCUCUGGGGUCUGUUCCCAAGCAGUGAGACAGAUGACAGGGAUGAACGCAUGCAGGUUGCUUCAACAACGGAGCUUCAGGGUUCAUGGGGUGCGCCGGCAGCAGACCUUUGACCCCGCAGACAAGCCUCAGUUCCCCGGAGCCUCUGCUGAGUUUAUAGACCGUCUGGAGUUCAUCCAGCCCAACGUCAUCUCGGGGAUCCCCAUUUACCGGGUGAUGGACAGGCAGGGUCAGAUCAUCAACCCCUCAGAGGACCCGCAGCUUUCCAAAGAGACCGUGCGGAAUUUCUACCAGAAAAUGACUCUCCUCAACACCAUGGAUCGGAUUCUGUAUGAAUCUCAGAGACAGGGUCGAAUCUCCUUCUACAUGACCAACUACGGAGAGGAGGGGACCCACAUCGGCAGCGCGGCCGCCCUGGAGCCUAGUGACCUGGUGUUUGGACAGUACAGAGAAGCAGGCGUGCUGCUGUACCGUGGCUUCCCCCUGGACUCCUUCAUGGCCCAGUGCUACGCCAACGCAGAUGACCUGGGGAAGGGACGCCAGAUGCCGGUCCACUACGGCAGCAAGGACCUCCACUUUGUCACCAUCUCCUCCCCGCUCGCCACCCAGAUACCCCAGGCGGCCGGCUCGGCCUACGCUCUGAAGCGAGAGAACCUGAACCGCGCGGUCAUCUGCUACUUCGGCGAGGGCGCGGCCAGCGAGGGGGACGCCCACGCCGGCUUCAACUUCUCCGCCACCCUGGAGUGCCCGCUCAUCUUCUUCUGCAGGAACAACGGCUACGCCAUCUCGACGCCCACCAACGAGCAGUACCGCGGCGACGGCAUCGCCGCACGCGGGCCCGGCUACGGCAUGAUGUCCAUCCGCGUGGACGGCAACGACGUGUUUGCCGUCUACAACGCCACAAAGGAGGCCCGGCGCCGGGCAGUGGCAGAGAACCAGCCCUUCCUCAUCGAGGCCAUGACCUACAGGAUCGGCCACCACAGCACCAGUGACGACAGCUCGGCCUACCGCUCGGUGGACGAGGUCAACUACUGGGACAAGCAGGACCACCCCAUCUCCCGCCUGCGCCACUACAUGACGGCGCGCGGCUGGUGGGGCGAGGACGACGAGCGCUCCUGGAGGAAGGAGUCCCGCAAGAUGGUGAUGGAGGCCUUCGAGAAGGCCGAGAAGCGCCACAAGCCCCAGCUCGACCUGCUCUUCACCGACGUCUACAAGGAGAUGACGCCCAACCUGACCAAGCAGCGCGACAGCAUGUGGAAACACGUGAAGCAGUACAAGGAGCACUACCCGCUGGAGGCGUACGAGAAGUAACCCCCGCACACAGGGCUGGCCCCGCGGGAGGCCGUGCGACGCCCCUCCUGAGUCUAGGAGGAGGGGCUUCAGUGUUUCCUCUCUACGAAGAGAAGGGGUGGUGUGUGUGUGUGUGUGGGUACCUUCACGAUGUAUUCCAGCUCUAGAUUUUGUGCCUUAUGUUACAGUGACUUUCAAGGUUACCAAACUUCUUCCUAUAGCACCUUUGUUCCAUUCAUCAAUCUGUUCAUCAACACCAUAUUAUACUACAUUACCCUAGAAAUGUACAAACUGAGCAAUAAAUACUACAACCAUGAACUAUAACCUAGUUGUUCCUAGAGGAACAGUGCUUUCCCCCACCCCCCCCCCCCCCCCCCUUAUAGAAACUAUCAACCUUAUUUCUGUUACAACACAUCCUUGAGUGUCUGGUCUUCAGUGAAAUAAGUUAACGAAACAUGUUUGUCUGUUUGAAACGCUAAUAAAAAAAUAGUGGAAGAUUCCAGCAUUCUUUUUAUUUGAC